UCUUUCACGCUUCAAGGAAAUAAUUCCCCUUCUGCUUUCUUCCGUACUGUUUUCAUAUACCGCUCCCCUAACCCACUUAGUGACGAAACGGCCUCACCUAGUACCAUAGACCCGUCUUGCUACCGCCUUGGAUUCGAGAUGAUUCUAGAGAGCAUGUAAACAAACGUUGAGACGAUCUGACUUUGUCAAAUGAACACUCCAUGAAGCAACGUGAAACGCAACGAUACUGAAUUGUGUGUUUUGUACCGCUUUGUAGAUUUUGAAAUAACUCUGGUCUCUCUUCCAUUGUCGAAUAAAUCUUUCGCCUUUUACUAGAUUUUGAAAUUUCUGUUAAUAUAAGAAUGGCUAGCGGAGGAGAAAAUCCCGAUCAACCAAGACAACCCCGAGAUUUACAGGGGCUGCUCAAGUUUGCCAUGGAAACAACAAAAUCCGAGGAUGCGCCAAAUCCGUCUCAAUUCCAACAAAUGGAUGAGGAACGACGGAGGUUUCUCGAGGAAGCCAUCAAUUCUUUUACGGUUGACGUGGUUAAGAGAAUGGAAGAAUCCAUGACGGUCAUAAUGGAUCCGAAGGCUCAAGAAUCGGACAAAGUUACAGCUAUUGAAGAGAUAACCGAUUUCAUACAGGAUAUCAAUGCAGCCGAUGAUUUCUGCAAAGUGGGUGGGUUAGUGAUUGUUCCACCAGGGUUAAACUCCCCGAGUGCCGAUAUUCGCGUUGCAACACUUGGGCUAGUGGCUGGGCUAUCACAGAACAAUCCAUACAGUCAACAAAAAUUGCUAGAAGCAAACAUUAUGCCGCGGCUUGUGGAACUGCUUUCGGAUGAGGAUCAGGUUGCUGCCAAAGCGAUGUAUGCAAUUUCCUGUAUGGUGCGGAACAAUGCCAACUGCAUGGAAGCUUUCGCCGAUAUGGGUGGCAAGGAGUGUAUAAUUGGAUGCAUACAGUCGGAAAACACACAACUACGGGUUAAAUCGGUUUUCCUGAUGGCUGCCAUGUGCCAGGCAGACUCUGCUGUGAGGGACGAAUUUAUUCUGCUUAACGCCGUGGAAAAUGUGGCCGCAUCAAUUAAGCCUACGAGUGGAUACAACCAGAAGCUGGAAAUUUCGCUGAUGGCACUCGAUCUUUUAGCACUGUGUGAUGAGGGUGUUCACAGGUGUCAAAAUGAGGACUUAAAUCUUAAGUCGAAGUUGGAAUCAAUUUUGAAAUUAGAUGAUGGGUCCGAGGAGUGCGCGGAAAUAAGAGAAAAUACAAAUUUUAUACUCAAGCGAUGUUUCACAAGCGUAAAUGGUUGUACCGACCGAUAGAAUCAGCUCUACAAAUUCUCUUAGAGAUAAAAUACCCCCAAGAUUCGCGUAAACAAUUGAUUCUACGCAUUAUAAAGUAAGAAACAUUUUAGAAAUAAAGAAAAGAAAAAUGUGUAGUUAUUAUUUCAAU